UCUCUAUGCGCUCGUGUGUGGGUGUGUUAUUUGUUGCUUUCUCCAUGGAAUACGGUUUGGAUGAUCAACCAUCUCUUCUCAAAUUUUCUCAACGACCGGUACACAUCUCCAUCCUCGAAUUUUCUCGCUCCUUCACACACGCAGGGAGCCAUCCUCUAUUUUUCUGGUUCCUCCAUUCAUACACGCAGUGAAGCCGUCGAGUAGAUCUCUACUCGAGCUGCAUAUCUUUCGGGUGCUUCUUGUCCCGAUUUGUAUUUCUCUUCCAUUGACACACAGAGAAACACCCUCGACGUUGUCAAUCCUCCAUCGACGCUGCACAAGCAUCGUCACCGUGAGCCCUGCAUUUCCUCGUAGCGGUGUGUCUUUAUCUCUUCCCAGAUCCCAAUGCUUCGCAGGCUUCCAUUUUUCUGAAAUUGCAGAAAACCGUGGAAUCUUAUCAAAUGGCAGCAAGGCAAAUGGAAGAAAUACAGAGAAAACUGGGGAUGCUGAAUUACCCGAGAGCCAAUGCUCCUGCUCAGUCUCUUCUCUUUGCAGGCAUGGAGCGGUAUGCCCUUCUUGAGUGGCUCUUCUUCCGGUUAUUGGGUGAUAAGUCACCAUUCUCACAACAAAGUCCCCAAGCGGAUGCGAUGGAUCGUGAGGAAGAGACUUCUCGCAUCCAAUAUUUGGCAGAGAUUGCAAAGUUUCUGGGCAUUACAACUACCAUAGAUACAGAAGCUAUCCAAGGACGAGGAAGCUAUGAAGAUCGAAGUGAAAUGCUUCGUCUUAUUGUCGAUCUUGUGGAGGCGAGCAUCUAUGCUGAUAAUCCAGAAUGGAGCAUAGAUGAGCAGGUGUCAAGGGAUAUACAACUUAUAGAUUCUAUUGCUGAAAAACAAGCUCAAAUAUUCUCAGAAGAAUGCAAGUUGUUUCCUGCAGAUGUUCAAAUUCAAUCAAUCUAUCCACUCCCAGAUGUUUCUGAGCUGGAGUCAAAGCUUUCAGAACAAACAAAGAUAUUGUUGAAUCUUCAACAGAAGGUCGAUGAUCUGGCAUCAAAGCAUGCUUACAACCCAGAUGAGGAGUACACUGAGGUUGAAUCCCAAUUGCGGGCACAUUUGGAAUCUUUUCUAGAAACUGCAAGAUCAUUCAAUAUGAUUUACACCAAGGAAAUUCGUCCCUGGACACAUAUGAUGGAGGUACCACAGCUCCAUGGGUUUGGCCCAGCUGCCAAUCGCUUAUUGGAUGCAUACAAAAUGCUUUUGAAGUUCCUAGGGAAUUUGAGGAAUCUUAGAGACUCCCAUGCAGCUCUGGCUGUUGGCUCUUGCGAAACAAUUGCUGGCGAGCCCUCCUCUGUAACGAGAAUAAUAUCCGAGUGUGAGUCUGCAUUAACUUUCUUAAAUCGCGACCUUGGAAUUCUCUCGGCUUCUAUUGCUCGUGAACAGGGUGAGAGGAGAUGAAUUUAUGCUGAAAUUGUUACAUCAAUGUAUUGCCCAGGAAAGCAUAGAUGCAAUCUUCAUAUUCUUUGGGUACAUUUGAAAAUACCAUACUAAUGUAUCUCUAUAGGAAUGUUGAUUGUGGUUGCAUUGUUGCAUAUUCCAUUUGGAUUUGAACGAUUUUUCCAACUUGUUGACUCAGCAGAGUAACAAAGAAAAAUGAAGUCAGAGUCCAUCAAAUUUCGGGGUAUCAA